GUGUUCCUGCCGCUGCCGAAAAACCUUCCUGCGGCAGCUUCGUCCUCUGCCUCGUCGCCCCAGGCUGGCAGCAGCUCGACGUCUACGUCGGUUGGUGGUGUCGUCCGGGGUCGUGGCCUAGCGCGGCAACAUGACAACAGUAUUGUAAGGAAAAAUCCCCCCUCCCCAUAUCAAAACGGAAUUUCUGAUGCUGGAUUGGUGUACACGAAUCAGCUUUGUAUUGCAGAGAGGCAUUGCGGCCAGAUCCCCAGGCUAGGUAGGGGCGCAUGGGCCUACUUAGUUGCCCGGCAUGACAAACGGCCGACCUUUAGGCCCAACAGCAUGACAAAUCGCUUCUCUAAUGGGGCGGAAGCUUCUGCCCUUGUCUUCUUGCAAGACAGACGUGAUUUGUGACCUCAAACCUGGGUUACCUCGGUCGAGUGGUCGUGCGGUUCGGUUCUCCUAUGCCCAUGCCUACCGUGUACUUGCCGCUGGGUACUGGUAGUGCGUCUCUUUCGUCAGACUGUUUCGCUUCGGCGAAACGACAUGACGAUUGUUUGGGGAGGUUCCUAACGGUCCCCUCAGGGCAUUGCCUCGUCGCUGACCUGUGGAGAAAGGCGGUUCAGGUCAGCUUCGGGAAGGGUAUCCGGAGUUGAGUUAGCUUCGGCUUUCUCUUGUGUAUUCGAGGGCAGUGGUUGGCGGAGGUUGUUGGGAUGUUCCUAAACAGUCAUCCCAGAACAUUUGUGUUCCUUUCUGACUUCCUCAUUUCCUGUGCAGUAUUUUACUGCAUAUACAGGCGCCACCCUCGUUUAUCACCUCCAGGGCUACGCGCGACCCCUCCGACGCUGCGUGUGGAAGGAGGAAGUUCGGCGUGUCGGGUGAGGGACCCCCGACGUCUGGCCUACGGAUAUCAUGGGGAACUAAGGCUCAAAUCAGCAACACAAAUUUUCGGAAACAUACCUGUUCGAUAUGGGGAGGGGGGAUUUUUCCUCUCAAUAAACAGCAGGGCGAGUUCGCGAUCCAGGUCUCCCAUCUUGGAACGGCGCGACAGCGCGGCGGAGCAAUGCAGAGGACCGCCUAGUGACGCUGAGAGAAUGUCGGGCGAUGAGGCGCCCGACCUCUUUCCCGCCCCCGUGAGGCCGCCCUCGCCCCCACCGAUUGCACCGCCGCGGCAGCCCAGACGCCCCCUGGCUUUUGCGAGUGACGAUCUUAGAUCGGUAGCGGAAGUAAAUCACGCAGAGGCCCCAAC